AAAAGAAGUAUCAAUUUUGACAAUAGAAAGCAAUGUUUAACCGAUUUUAACUAAUUUUAGCAAGUGAAUAAUUUAUAAAAUACGCCAAAGAGUCCUAUCUUAAAUAUACAAUAUUUUUUGUUAUGUGUCAUAAAUAGAUAAAGUAAUUUUAGAUGUUCAAAAUAAAUUCUUCUAAUAUGACAAGGUCUAUUACAAAACAUUUGUAAUUCGAAUCUAUAUGAUCUGUCUAGUUUUGUUUGUAUGGGGUUAAGUAUACUUUCGAUGGUGUUUUUGGAUUAUGAAACUGUGAUUUUCAAGUUCAAGUGGAAAUGGUUCGAGUUAAUAGCUUAAUGGCCACCCAAGAAGGUGUAAAAACACCUCAUAGGAUUGAAUUGUGUGAAGAGAAACAAGUUAAACCACCAAAAAAUUACAGAAAACGCAGACUUAUUGUUACUGCACCUCUUAAGACUGAAAAUGAAGAAUUAAACUCUGAACCUCUCAUAAAGAAGACAGACUUAAAGUCAAAACCAUUAAAGGCUUCCAAUGGUAUUAUUACAAAUAUGACAAAUGGCAAUUCAGCACGCUCACGAGCGGCCAGAGCAGCAGCCCGUUCUGCAGAUAGCCACAAACUCACAGAGUACUUUAAAGAGGAACUUAAAAGUCCUAAAGUAGAACAACUUCCACCUUCAUCUCCAUUAGGAAAAAAUAUAAAAACUGACCAUAAAUCAAAUGGAGAUACCAACCACAAGCUCACAGAGUACUUUCCCGUAAGAAGGAGUGUGAGAAAAACAUCGAAAUGUGUAAUGGCCGAAAAGAUGAGAGAUCUGGAGAGAGCAAUAAGAGAGCAAAGGGAAGAUGGUCUUCAGGUUGCGUCUUUCGACGGUAAAGGUCGCGGUGUGAUCGCAACUCGUCCGUUCGGACGCGGUCAGUUCGUGGUGGAGUACUCGGGAGAAUUAGUAGGAGUUGCAGAGGCUCGCGAGAGGGAACGCAAGUACGCUCUGGAUCCGAGCGCCGGCUGCUAUAUGUAUUACUUUCGACUUCAAGACCAACAGUAUUGUAUCGACGCGACGGCCGAAACGGGUCGGCUCGGUCGGCUGGUGAACCACUCCCGGAAUGGUAACCUGCUGACCAAGGCGCUGUGGGUGGACGGGCCGCGCCUCGUGCUGCUCGCCGCGCACGACAUCGCGCCGGGCGACGAGCUCACCUACGACUACGGCGACCGCUCCAAGGAGUCGUUGCGGCACCAUCCCUGGCUGGCUCUUUGACCUGGGACUGUAUCCAGAAGUCUUAGUUGGACUAAAAAUAAAUAUUUAUUGAUUUAAUUUAGAUAAUAUAAAGUUUGUUAUAGAAGUCUUGUUUAAGAUCGCAUACCGCUGUAUUGUUAAGUAGUGAGCUGAGUGGCCUAAACACAAGUUAUGUCUUAAUGGCGUAUACGCCUCUCGUGCGCCAAAACUACCUUCUGCCAACUGAAAUUGUAUAUAUCGUAUUUAUAUAUACAUUUUGUAAUAAUUAUGUCAUAAUAUACCUUUAAAUUGUGUCUUCAAAAUAAUAUACAAGUUAUGUAACGGUCAAGUCUCGCAUGAUGUGCAUUGAUCUUCAGUAUAUAACACAAAAAUGCUACUUAUGUAGUUAAUAAAUUUUUUAGCCAAUUGUGCCUGUUUUGUAAGGCAGAGUCAAUUGCUCAAUUAAAAUGUUUUUUUUUGUCACUGAUAUAUUUGUAAUCAUUGAAAAAAUUUAAUAGCAUGUGUAUUUUUGUUUAUUGAAAAGUUUUAUAAUUCAUUUCAUCAUCUUACAUUACAUAUCUAUUGAGAAUUAUGAUGCAUUUCAUUGUGUUAGACGAUAGCUAUCUGUUUUGUUUAGCUAUUUAGUUAAUUUAAAAAUAAAUUAUAUUAUAUGAACAUUAUUUAAAUCCUUCUUUUAUUAUUUUAAAGUCAAGGAAAUACAAAGUCAAUUGUUCUAUGAAAGUUGGACAAUAUUCAUUUAUUGAUUGGAGCAUAUAACAUUAAUAAUUAACAUAAUAUUUAACAUGUUUAUAUGUUUGUAAAUUACAUUGACACGAUGAAAUAAUUUAACAUCAGCUCAUGCUAGUUAUAAACAAAUAUGGACUACAGAAAUGGAAUUUAGUAAGUUAGUAAUGAGCUUUUGCAAUAUUAGCUUAGAAGCCAUUGUACCGAGUUGACUCUGCCCUUUUAUUGGUACUGCAUAAGAGCACACUGCGUAAUGCGUCUGUAUCAGGUAUAUAUAUAAUAUUAAUUAUGCGUUCAAAUUUAGCAUUAAAAUUGUCGGAAGUAAUUGUUCAAAAUAAGGAAUAUUUCAUAUUGAGAUCUAAAGAUGCAAUUUGAGACAUGUGUGAACUGUAAAGAAUAUGAGUUAAGAAAAAUAAAAAAUAUGUAAUAUCAGUAUUGUAUGUAUUUCCUUUAAUUUUCACUUUUGUAAUAUUAAUAUAGACGAAAUGAAAUUUGUAUAAAAAUUAUAAUGUAAUCGUAACCUUUGGAUAGUAAUCACAUCAUUGAAAGUUUUAUGUUCAAUUUUUUAUUGUUUUUAUUAUCAUAUAAAAAAAAAUUCUGUUAGAAUUCUUAUAACGGUUCAUAAUAAGUGAUUUAAACAUUUAGAAAGGUACAAAUAAUUUCAUACGUCAACCGUUAGUGUCUAAUACGAUGAUCAAAGUAAGAUUACCUAAUCAUAGUAAACACUGAACACGCAUUGGUCACAGCUCGACUGCUAACGACCAAUGACGAUUCAGAUCGGAUUAUAUAAUCUGAAUUUGGUUAGCGUUUCAGAAACUAACUGCCUUCCUAAUAAACGUUGUUUGGUGGGUGAUUAGUUAACAAUACUGUUUUCUUCUUUCGAAUGUCGAAUCAAUAAUGAGAGAAAGAGACAAAACCGUGUUAAACUAAACAAUCGCCAAGCAACGCUUAUAAGUAAGAACGUAGAGAUUUAACAAUAUAUAUAAGAAGUAGAAACAUUUUGAAUUUUUUUUUUAAACAUUCAGAUAACAUUUGUUUAAUGAAGUACAGAGUUAUGAAAUAUGCGAAAUGUAUUUUUAUAACAUAUUGAUGAAUUAAAAUAUCAAUGCCUUCAUUUCUGCACUCUAGUAUAAGUUAUAAUACACAUAUUAAAACAAAUGAACUAAUUAUUAUUGUUGUAUUUAUAUUUUUUUAUUUUUCAGGUAUUAUAUAAUUGUUACAAAUGUAAGGACUUUAUUACUGAAAUAUUGUCAAGACACAAACUCUCGAAUAGUUUACGUAUUUAUCACUAGCUUAGAACUAUUUCUUAAGUAAAUUAACUUAAUUAUGUGAACGAAACGAGGUUGUAAGUGUUGUUUAUUAAAAAGAACAUUUACGAAGCCUGUUGAGUAAAUUAGCAUUUGAAUAUUUUAAUUAUUAUUAUUUUUUUAGUUUUAUGUCGAAAUUGUGAAAUAUGUUAAGUAUUUUUUUUAUUGCUUUUGUAAUGAACAAAUACCCACCGGAAUAAGAUCUAUGUCGGUUGUAAUUAAAGGGUGUUCCGCAAAAAGUAAGAUAGAUAAGUUUAACUUUAAAAAAUAUCUAGCUUAAAGAAUGUACAUUCAGAAAUGGUCGCCCUUUUCUCUACGCAAAAUAUUCUGGAUGGUUUUUGUUAUUAUCGAUAAGAAUAAAAAUGUAAUAACGUCCCUUAUUAGUGUUGUAACAAUCGCUCUGAUUAGUUGGAAGGUCCGUUCAUAGUGGUUUUAUAAAAUUAAUUUCAAAUGAACGUUUUCAGUCACAAGACUUGCAUUAGUUGAUUCUUGAUAAGCGUUUGUGAUAGAGGCUGCAACUUUUGUCUUAAGAGAUAUGUUGUCCCAGACUAUGAAAGCAACGGAUAUGUAAACAUAAUCAAAGCAUUCGAAUGGUCUUAUUAUAAAAGUAUUGAUCAAUUUAUAGACUGGGAUUACAUAGCCAUUGUACCCUAGAAUAAUUUUUAAUACAAACAAUUUUUAUAAUUAAUAAAGCUAUUAUGGCCGGUGAAAUAAAAUAUUCACUAAACGAUUAAUUCAAUUGUAUUUCGGAAUAAGUGUUGAUAUAUUACGAAAGGUUGCGGAUUUGUCAGUCGUUGAAAAUGUUUGCUAUUUAGAAUAAGGACCCUCGACUAAAACUCUGUUUCUUCCUUUAUUAAUUUUAAGCCAAAAAAUAACGACUGAUAGAUCUUUUAGUUAUUAAAAAACUUGUACCAAACAUACUAUUGGUUGAUUUUUUUUUAUAUAAUAAUAUAUAAAUAAUGCUGCUGGAUUGAUAUUCAAUUUAUAUCUCAGUUUCAUUGUUGAAACAAUUACAUAAAUAGAAGGUUUAUUAUAUUGUCACUCUUGUUUCUCUAAAUUAAUCCAUUUUAAGACUGAAUUUUUGGCAUUUAAAUGUUACACUCUCACUUACAUAUUUUGUUGUAUUGAUUUGAAAAUUUUCUAUUUAUAUUUGUUAGUUUAAAAAAAAAAAUCCAGCAACAUUAUCGCUAUAAAUAACAUUGCUUUUUGUAGUUCCUAUACUCAUUUAAUAAUAACGCCUUUUGUGAUUAACUAACCUUAUUACUAUUAUAAUACUGCCUUGGAUGAAAGGCUAUAUUUUAUUAAUGAUCCGAGGUGAAUCAUUGUAAUACUUAAAUUUUGUUCAAUUGCAUAAGUGAUAAACUUAUUAUGUAAUGUAAUUUAAAAUAUUAGACUAAUGUUAAUUAAAUAGAAUAAUAUAUUUUGGAAAUCCUAGUUUCGUACUUUGUUUAGUUAAAAACUAUUUGUAUGAUGAUUUUAGCAUUGUAAUGCUUAUAAAGUUAGUGCUGGCUUUUAAAUAUUAAAUUUUAUAGUACUUUUAAAGCCACUUCGUUAAAUGAUCAAAAGGUCUUAAGUGAACGCACCACUCCAAACGAUUUCGAAUACUAUUUUAAUACCCUUACAAUUGAUUUUUCCACAGGGUGAAUGGAGCUUUAGGACUUAUUUAUAUAAUUUAAACAAAUCCUACUUCCAUAUUACAUAUAAAAACUUUGUUUGAAAAGAAAUUUAAUAUUAAAUGAAAUCGAAUAAAUUGUAGCUUAUAAAUAAAAUAUAGAAAAUAUUUUUCCUUUAGUUUUAUUUCUGUUCUAUGAAAAAUUUAACACGGGUCCG